AUGGCAGGAGAUAAAAGAAAACGAGAUAUAGAAAAUGAAAAUGCAGAUUCUGAGAAUAGUGAAGUAGAGAUAACAAAUAAGAAACAUUCACACCAAGAUGAUGAUAACUUUGAUGGUCUACCUGAAGAAGAAGAGGAUUAUGAAGAUGAAGAUGAUGAAGGUGGUGAUGAUGAAGGGGAUGAUGAUGAUGAUGAAGAACAAGAAUUUGAUGAGGUAGAAGAUAAUGAGGAAGAAGAGGAAGAAGAGGAAGAAGAAGAGGAAGAAGAAGAGGAAGAAGAAGAAGAGGAGGAAGAAGAAGAGGAAGAAGAAGAGGAAGAAGAAGAUGAAUGA